AUGGAUUCUUCUCUCUACAAAGAUUUCACUACCUCUCGCGGUUUUGUCUAUCAUUACUUCCUUUAUCUGCUUUUCCUUCACGGGUUCCCAAGCACCUCGUUUGACUGGAGACAUCAGGUCCCCUUCUUUGCCAACGAGGGUUACGGCCUCAUAGUUCCAGACAUGCUUGGUUAUGGAGGCACCUCGAAGCCUACCGACCCUGCAGACUAUCGAGCCUCCCUCAUCACGAAAGACAUUGUAGAGCUCAUAGAUGGGGAAAAUGCAGAGCGCGUUGUCGCCAUCGGCCAUGACUGGGGCAGCAAGGUUUCUAGUCGGCUCGCUAACUACUACCCCGAUCGCUUCAUUGCAUAUGGCUUCUUAGCCGUGGGAUAUGUUUUGCCCAGAUUUGAAAACAAUUAUGAGCAAUUUUUAGCAUUGUCCAAGGAGACCUUUGGAUACGAGAUCUUCGGAUAUUGGUCUUUCCUUUCCUCGCCGGGCGCGGACAAAAUUAUUGAAGACAACAUGGAGUCGUUCUUACGACUUAUAUACUCGCAAGACCGCAAGUUAUCGGUAUCAGAUUUUGCUCCUACCGGAAAGGUAGAUAAUCCUAUUGCUUCAUACAUCACCGAGGAGAAUUGCUUGAUGGUGGCUUGGACCGGUUGCUUAAAUUGGUAUACAGUGAUGACUUCGGGCGUAGAUGCUGAAGAUAACAAAGAAAUAUCGGCGGACAACCUAGAGAUCACGAAACCAGUAUUUUACGGCGGCGCGUUACAGGAUGCCGUGGCUCUCAACGUGGUUAAUAAAACGGCGACCACUGAAAAGUGCAAGAAUACUACUCUCCAUGAGUACGAUGGAGGUCACUGGAUAAUCUGGGAGACAAAGGACGACAUCAAUCGCGAUUUGCUGGACUGGCUCAAAGCAUUGUAG